GUCUCAGGAUGGGGGGCAUUGCUAGCCUGACUGCCUGUGCUUCAGCUCUGAUGUUUCAGAGGUCCCACCUAAGCCCUCACCCACAGUUUGCAGCUGCGUGUCCCUGCUUGUUGGCUGUUCCUCCUUGUUUCAAGCUCUUAAUGCUGCAAGGGACAGAGAAAACGAGGGCAAUGUUUUGUACUCACAUGCUGAGGUGGUUGCGCUUGUCGGUGCAAAGUCAGUGUGAAAUAGGAAGAGUGAGAAGCAGUGACAGUGGUGAGCCAGCCCCACUGGUGUCCCAUCUGGUCAGGGUUUCUCCCACCCCUCUGCCUCUGGAGGUGGCCCUGGGCUCCCCACCUUCAUGGGGGAAUGUGUCCCCACAACCACAAGGUUGGUGUUGGUAGCCUCAAAGCCCGUGGAUGCCUGCUCUAGGAGAGGAAGGUUACCUCCAUGACUGGGAAGAGCAGGGAAAGAUUCCUGGUGACUGAAUGGUGGGGCAAGGCCAAGGUAAGAAGGGACUGGCCAGGUGCAGGUGCCCAGCCAGACCAGCUUCUGCUGUGGUUCACAGUCUGAGAUCUCUGCUUACAGCCCAAGAGAGUCCCUCAUUGUGCCCCAUUUUACCUUGUGGGUGAUGUCACACACGGUGCCCUCCCCGUACCGGCGAGGCUGUGGCAUGGCUGGGGGUGUCCUGGCAGUGGUGUCACAGGUUGUGCCAGUGUGAGUCAUGCCCAGAGCUGGGCUGAGUCACCUCCCCAGUGGUGUGAGCAUCAGGUGAGGAGCUUUCUCAGACCCACAUCCUGAUGACAAAAGGGAGUGUGGCUUCUCGCCACAGAGUGCCAGAGGUGGGUGCAACAAAAGGUUGCUGCAGCAUGUGCAUAGUGCCAUAGCAGUGUGGCAGCUGCCCAGUGUCCCUGUAGGUCCACUUACCACCACAGCCCUGAGGGUACCUGCCCUGCUGCACCUCCCAGGGUGCAGCAGAAGGUCCCCUCCAUAGUGGACACCUCUGUGCCAUAGUGCCACAAUAGCGCCACAAUAGGCAUGUGGACUCCAUGGGGCAGUGUCACUGGCUGAAGCGUCUGUUUUUAAUCCCAGGUCCCAGCAGCCCAUCACGUCUGUGGGUAGCAGAACAGCUCCAGCACACUCAUGCCUUUCCACGGCCCCCAGCAUGGCCGCAUAGUGCUGGGGCAGAUGGAUGGGCUGUGGUAGGAUGAGCCCUGCCCUGCUCCUGCUGCUGUUCCUGGCCAGCUGCUCCCUGCUCCAAGGGACGCUACUGAGGCCACAGCACGUCAGGCUGGAGGCACGGAACUUCCACGUCUGGCUGCGUUGGGAGCCAGACCCCAGCUCACCCAGCUCUGUCACUUACGAGGUGGAGUGGAGGAGCAGAACCUCGAACUGGACCAAGGCAGGUGCCUGUGGGGGGAGCAGCAGAAACUCCUGGGUGUGUGAGCUCUAUUUUGACAGGAUUCAUGAUAUCUACUGGGCACGGGUGAGAAUGGUGGCCGGAGGUGAGCAGUCCGAGUGGGCCAGUUCCAGCGAGCUGCAGCUGUACAGAGACACAAUUGUUGGCCCCCCCAAGUUGUCCUGGCUGCUCCAGGACCAAAUUCUCAGUGUAAACAUCAUCACACCAUCCACUCCCUACCAGAGAAGAACUGGUUCCUACAAGCCAGUCAACCGAGUGCUGCUAAAGCUGUGGUACUGGCUGCACCUGUACGAGGGGGACCUGCUUGUCCAGCAGGUGCCCUGCAAAUGGAGCAGUAAGGAAGUGCCUUGCACCUUUGGGCACCUGAAGCCCAGCACACAGUACUGUGUCCGGACGGUGGCUGCAGACAUUGCCCGGGAGCGGAGCCAGGAGGCUGAGCAGUGCCUGGUGACUCCAGCAGGCCCUUCAGGCUUUCCAUGGGUCCUUGCUGUGCUGAGUGCCUUCUUCCUGCUGCUGCUACUAAGUGUGGCCGGGAUCUGCUUCAUGCAGCUGUAUGUCUUUCCCAGUCCUCCGGAGAUGUGCCUCCCAAAAGCACUGGCUCUCCAGACCAGCGAGCUGAAUGUGGCCCUGCACGUGCCUCCACUCCAGCUUGAGGAGGACCCGCUGGCCCUGCUCCUGCAGACUGUGCUCCCCUCCCACACGCCACCCACAGCUGUGCGGGCACCCGCCACGGUCCCACAGCUCCUCCGAGGCCUUGUCCAGGAUCGUCUGAUCUGCCUCAAGGUCAUGGUCACGCCCUACACACCUGCAGCCCUGUUUGAUCAAUUGCCUCAUCCCUGUAGCCCACAGAGCCUCCAACCUCACCCUACUCUGGAAGGUCACUGCAUGGUCCCAGGGUACCUGCGCAAGGUGCUGAGGAACCACACUGCCCACACCUGUGAUGGAGAGCAGCUCCUCAUCGUCUGCCCUCACAAAACCACCAUCAGCAUCCUCGGGGCCUUCUAUGGGCGUCGAGUGCCCAGCACCAACCUUUGCCCCAGCCCCGACAGUGCCUCCCAGGAGAGCACCGAGUGCACGUCUGCCACUGCCCACCUGAAGCUGCUGGCUGAGUGCCAGGACCAGCAGUGGUGCCAGUUCUCAGUGCACAGCCAGGUCUUUGGACCAGACCCAUGCCCUGGGACACACAAGUACCUCAUCGCAUCCUACAAGUGUCGGCCAGGGAACCAUCGGGUCAAGACCGUGUGUGAGAAUGACAAGCUCAGGCUGCAGUGUCGACCAAAAUCCAUCCUGGCCAUUUAUUCUGCAAGUUAUGGACGAUUCCUGCGGGGCAAACCAGAAUGUGAUGUCUUAAACACAGGAGAACCCCCUAUAGAGUGUGUGGCUCCAGAUGCUCUGCGCAGGGUCUCCAAGAAGUGCCACCGCAAGGGGAACUGCACCGUGGCUGCUGACAAGGCCACCUUUGGGGACCCAUGCCUCCCCGGCAUAAAGAAGCAGCUGCGAGUCUCUUACACCUGUGUGCCCAAGCAGCUGCUGGAGGAGGUGGGCCCUGACACCUCAGACCCCUUCCUGCUCUCGGACUACAUACAUGGUGGCUGGUACAAAGGGCCCAGGUUCUCCAGGCUCCAGGAAGACCGCAUGGUUUUUACUAGCUCUCUGGCAGCUUUUGCUCACCUUUGGGGUGUCCCAGAGAAAGUUGCCCUCUACUUUCUUUGUGGAGUCUCAGGAGGCCUCAUGCUGCUGCUGUGCAUCAUCAGCCCCAAAACAACCUUCCUCCAGGAGGUGAGGGAGGCUCUCAAAGACCCAGAGCUGGGGAGCAGCUCAGAGCUGGGCAGGACCAAGUUGCAAGAUGAGCAGGAUGAAGACAUCCCUGAUGACAGCUCCUCAGACUCCUCCUUCCGCCGCCUCACCCGCACCUACCGGGCCACUGACAGCAUCUUCGGCCCUGAGCUGACGGCAGCUAUGGAGGGAGCAGUGGAGCACCACGGCCACAGUGGGGAGGAGAUCUGGAUGCCCAAGGAGUCAAGCCCAUAUGCCAUACACAAGAUCAAAUCGGCCACCAAAUAAGAACUGGAAGAAAAUGGUUGGAGGGCAGGAGAGGAGUGCAGGCUCAGUGGGAUCCAACAUCAGAGAGAUAUAAGAGUUUGGGCUCCUUGGGGUGACUGGACAUCCUCAGCAGCAGCAGGGUCAUGGCAGCUCCAGUGUGUCCAUCCACCAGCUGGGGGUGACCCUCAGUGUGAUGAGGAGUGUGUAAUUGUUCUGUGGGCCAUGGGCUCCUUUGCCACAGAUGCCACCAACCCUAACCUAACCUCCCUGUUCUCAGCUUGCAUUGUCUGGCUUUAGAGUUUAACCCUGAUCAGCUGUGCCAAGCCCACCUUGAGCCCUUCGAAGCAGCUUGCCCCUAUUUCUCCUUGGGCACUGGCUUCCACUCCUGGUGCUGCAAACACAUCCUGCACUCGGGCACUGUGUCAGCAGUGGAGAGGCAGGAAUGGCCAGGACAUAGGAAGAGGCACGUGGAGUGGGUGUGCAAGCACAGCAGACAUCACCAGCACAGCCCCACCACGGUGCAUGCCAUGCAGCCCUGCUGUGCCAAGGGAGCUACUCCCCAGGCUGGGGCCACUGGCAGCUCAGCAUAACACAGGCUCUCACCUACCUGCAGGCAUUCAGGAGCUCUGUCACCCCCUGUUGCUCUAUGCUUUCCUCUCUACUUUCCCCCGUGGCAGGAGAGCCCCAAGUUUUAACUUGCUGUGUUUUUUCCCAGCGAAUAAAUGCAACAGCUCUUAG